UUUAAUGGAUGCGAAAUUGAAGGAACAAAAGCCCCCAAAAGCUAAAAUUAUGCUUUGGACAGAUGUCAGCUACCACGACAUGGAAGAAAUCGACAAACUGCAGAGUGCAGCUGAUCUGGAGAGUACUUUAAACCGAGUCUUUCAAUUUGACAUCCCUGAACCACAGAAAGGAGUUCUGCUUGAGUUGUACGUGCAGUCUGUGUUCUUUUGUAGAGAGAAUGGAUUCAGUAAGGAGCAAACAUCUGCUGUCCUGUCAAUCAUUAAGUCCAUUCACGAGGUCAACAUCGAAACUUCAUUGGACAACAGGGAGCACUGCUGUGAAUACUGCAAGGAGCUUCUGCUCUGUCAUUCAGUCCGGCGGCCUCCUGUCAGUGUUAACCUCUUCAGCCUUAAGGAGGCGACUUGUAUCCUUGAGUAUAUCCACAACUCCUACAUCACACACUUCAAACUCUAUAAAUAUAUUUUCACUCCACAGGAAAAACUUGAUCUGUAUUUUUCUUACUCUGGGGUUUCAGAGGAAAACAUUCUGGCGGGUGAGGAUUCAGCUGUUUCAGAUGUUGACAAUGUGACAGAAGCAGAAAUACCACAGAAAGAAACAUCUCUUCAAACUCAAGAAGUGUCCAACUUAGAGUGUGAAGGAGCCACACUGGUCUCUAUGUCAGAACUGAGGGCAUUAAUUGAACAGGAAAUCAGACAGCAGAUGAUGCUUGUGUCUGGACAACUGGACCAACGAUUGAAAGAAAUUGCAGCUCAGCACAGCAGUGCACAAGAAUCCACACAGCAUGAACACACCACCAUCAAUUCAUGA